UGUGUGCGUCAGGAGUGGAGCGGCUCUGAAAGCGGAUAAAUAGUUGGUUUUCAAUGAGACGCAGUUGAGAAAAGAGAAGCUGGAAAUAACCGCUGCGAAGCCGAGAUGCUCCUUCCGGACUUUACGAACUCCUUCUGGGCAGUGCUCCUCAGCUUUUUGCUGCUUUGCAUCCGUGCAGGUCGCACGGCAAAAUGUCCGCAGCAGUGCAUCUGUGACCAGAUCCAGCUCAGAGUGGCCUGUGUGAACAAAAACCUGACCCAAGUUCCUUCUACCAUUGAUGAGAUAACAGUGAAACUGGAUUUUAGAGGCAAUAACAUCCAAGAACUACCCUCGGGAGCUUUUAAGCACACUCCUUACCUGACUCACCUGUCGCUGCAGCGUUGUAACAUCCGCAGAGUUAAGGAGGGGGCUUUCCGGAGCCUCGGUCGCCUGGUCUUCCUUAACCUGGCCGACAACAACAUAGAGAUUCUCUACCAGGAGUCUUUCGACGGCCUUUCCUCAUUGAAGCAGCUUUUUAUUGACCGUAACCGCGUGGAAGAGAUCCAGCCUGGAGCUUUUUCUCAGCUGGGGUUUCUUAACCUUCUCUCCAUCAAACAUAACCAUUUGGUCUACAUGCCCAACUUGGCCUUCCAGGGCCUGCAGAACAUCAAGUGGCUUCGCCUCAGUCACAAUUCUCUGAAUUACCUGGACACUGAGGCGUUUGCCGGGUUGUUCACACUCCACCGCCUCAACUUGGACCACAAUGUGCUGCAGUUCUUCCCAACCGAAACCAUGAUGAGACUGCCAGAGGUGACUCAUCUGCACCUUAGCCAUAACCCCAUGACAUACCUGGGAGAGGAUGCAGUAUCCAUGGCAAAGCUGACCCACCUCUUCCUGGACCACAUGUCCCUGCAGGACCUGGUCAACACUGCCGUAUCCAAGUCCCCCAACCUUGUACACCUAGACAUCAGUCACAACCAGCUGCGUGUCCUUCAGCCCUUUUCUGAAGGCUCCCCCAAGCUGGCACGUCUCAACCUGGCUGGGAACCCCAUCAACUGCAACUGCUACCUGCGUCCACUAAGAGAGUGGGCGAUCCGUCGCAAGGUGAAGCUGUUGGGGACGUGCGGAGGACCGGGUCAUAUGUCAGGAGAGAGUCUGGAGGCAGUCUACCCUAAGCAGAUGCGUUGCCAGAGCCAGGAAGCAAUGCUGAAGGCAGAAUUUGAGGAAGCCACCAGGAUAACUCCACAACCCACGCAAGCGUCAGGAAACGAGAUCAAAUGUCCCAACAACUGCGUCUGUGAGGCAGCGACCAACCAUUCCUCAUGUGAGAACCGGGGCCACACCAAAGUCCCUCGAGGUUUCUCCCCAGAGACACGUCUUCUUGAUCUGCGAGGCAACAACUUCCACUACAUCCCCAGCAACAGUUUCCCCGGCGUGGCCCAGGUGGUGUCCCUGCACCUUCAGCGCUGCAAGAUCGUGGAUGUGGAGGGUGGGGCUUUCAGUGGCAUGAAGGGACUGAUAUACCUCUACCUGUCCGAGAAUGACCUCACAUCCCUCAGCCAUGAAGCCUUUAAAGGUCUACCCAAGCUGACUUAUCUUCACCUGGAAAAGAACCGCUUUGCUGAUUUCCCCAAAGGAGCCUUUAAACUGCUGCCUAGUCUGCUAGCUCUUCACUUGGAGGACAACGCCAUUACCAAACUUGAGCCCGGGAUCCUGACUGGAGCCAAGGGUCUCCGAGGCCUUUACCUCACCGGGAACGCCAUUAGGAGCUUUUCACCUGGGGCUCUGGAUCAGGCCAGUGGUCUAGAUACGCUCCACCUGGGCGGAAACAACCUGACGAAGGUUCCCACUGAGGCUUUGAGCAAGGCAAGGAACAUCAAGGACCUCAGACUGUCUGGGAAUUUGAUCCAUUGGGUAGGUCCGAAUGCUUUUAAACCUCUGGAGGGAUCUCUGAAGGAACUGUAUCUGGAUAAGAUGGGGCUGGAGAAGAUGUCCGAGAACUCCCUAGCUGGUGUGGGUCCAGGGUUAAGAAGUCUGUUCCUGGAGGGAAAUAAAUUAGAGGAGGUGCCUGACUUCCACCAACUAACUUCCUUGGAAGUAAUCAACCUGGCUGAGAACCCUCUGAUGUGUGACUGCCCUCUACUGCCACUACGCUUAUGGAUUGAGAAGGUUAAUCUCAAAGUGAGAGCCACCUGUGCUAAUCCCCCUGAGGUGAAGGGUCAAAAGGUCAAAGACGUCCACGUAUUUAAAGCCUGUCCCGGCGGAGGGAAUCAACCUGCCAAGCCAACCGGCACCUCAAAGCCAGGAAGGAGGUUGAAGCGCAGAUCGAUUAGUGUUCGUUGCCGCUUCAACAAACACAGAUGUUACAAGACCGAUAAGUAACACAGACACCUGCUGUUGCAAUACAUACACAACGCCUUCAUGGCGAACAGCCAUUUCUCAAGGGUGGGUUUCUGGUUUAAAAGCCCGCUGAAUUUUUACCAUCACAGGAUAAGUAUAUGAUGUUGUAUUUUGUUCUACUUCUGGUCUGAUUCUCUUACUGGCUUCCAUGUUUGCAGGCUGCUGCUCUU